CAGUUAAGUGCUUACAUAUUAGCGUUUGAGUCGACCAUACACUGGGUAUACAGAGUAUAGCGCACAAAAUCGCAGACUUUAUAUCGAUUUUCACUGCAGUUAUGAUGUCUGACUAAAAAAGUUUCAAAUACUUACAUUAAUUUUGUUUAAAAUUGUGAAUAAUAUACUGUAAUUACUAAUAUUAAUUUACUACCAGAAUUAAUUAUAAGAAUAUUGUGAACAAUAUAAAUCAUAUUAAAGUAAAUAAGGAGCAAAUAUGAUGCAAAUGAAAGGGGAGACAAUGCACAACGGAUUCAAUCCGGAAGCCGAAUUUCCAUGUUUUCGAUGUGUCAAGAUCACCCUCAUCGUAAUCCACUCAAUAUCCCUGGUAUUAAUGUGCAUCGCGGCCAUUAUGUUUAUCGCCGCCUUCUCAACAGCCGAUAAUAAGACACUUACUUUCGAUCAUAACAACGAAAAAGUCGAUGUCGAUGCCAAAGCAUCUACAAUAGUUAUGGGAAUAGUUGUGAUCGUGUUAACCGUGUUUGAGGCGAUACUCAUCUUCGGUGUCGUACGUGAGAACAAGACCAUUGUAUUCGUGUAUCUGGUGUUGGGGGUCUUUGGCAUCGUUCACAACCUGUUCGCCCAACCCAUGGCCACCAAUAUACUCAGCAUUAUAGUGGUCUCAUUGACCGCUUAUUUUACUUAUAUGAUCGUCAAGAAGGACAGACAAGUCGUCUAA